GCCCUGAAGGACUAUGCUCACUGACCCAGUCUCAAGCACCACAACUCUGUUACUGUCGCAGUUAUUAUUUUAAAAAUCGAUUGAUAAUGGCUUCCGCGUUCCUGGUUGGCCUUGGAUUGGCCACCUCCGCUUUUCUGGGUCGUGCCGGAUAUGUUGCUCUUCAGCGUUACCGAGGAGGUGUGAAUAAGGUCGGCCGUGCUUUUUACAAGGGUGGCUUCGAACCCAAAAUGACCCGUCGCGAGGCUUCAUUAAUCUUGGAACUAUCAGAGCGAACAUUGACCAAGGACAAAGUCCGCAAAAACCAUCGCCAGCUCAUGCUCCUUAACCAUCCCGACCGAGGCGGAAGCCCUUACUUGGCCACGAAAAUCAACGAGGCGAAGGAAUUGCUCGAUAAGACUCUAUAAUGAUGAUACACAUGUCUCGGCUUUUGCGUGUCUACUCACCCGGUGGUUAGACACGGCCUGCACAAGGAUAUGGUAUCAGUUGAAGGUGCCUCUACUUGUCACCAUAUAUAUACUUUGGUUGUACAUUGGGUUGCAUAGCAUGGCGUUUUUUGAUUUGAUUGCAAUGUAUGAUAUCUGUGACAGACUCGCCUCUCUAGCCUAUUUCUCAAGUAACAUGUAUAUUAUUCAAUGACCC